AACAGGUGGAUAUUUUCAAAUUAAAAAUUAUCUUAUUUUGAUAAAACGUAACAAAGGUAAUCCAUCAGAUUAAUGAUCCAUGAAUUGUGAAUCGAAUACCGGUGUAGUUAAUUAAUAUAUCAUGGAUUUUUUAAAGGAUACCUUAAACCUUUGUAAAUCCACAACGAAUAAUGUAUUCCAUGGUAAAGAACCAUGGCAAAUUGUAUCAAUUACAGCCUCAACUGUGUUUAUCUCCGUUUGGAUGUGGGAUUUUUUAUUUAGGCGCGAUGAGAGUAUCACUGAACGAUCAAAGAAAACGGCAUUUAGAUUAUUAAAACGAGUACCACAAAUCAAGCAAAAACUUGAAAAGGAAUCAGAAAAAAUGAUUGCAGAAUUUGAACAUGAAGUAGCCGAACGUAUUAAAGGACAAAAAACGUUUGGAAAGUUACCACCAAUUGGAAUGGAUGAAGAUCAAAUCGUUGCUAUUGUUAAAGAUCAUUUGGAUUUAGGCUCAUACGAUUGGAAAAAGGGGAAAGUUUCUGGAGCUGUCUACUAUUAUGAUGAGGAAUUAAUUCAUUUAGUUACCACCGUUUAUGGUUUGGCAUCGUAUACAAAUCCAUUACAUCCUGAUAUAUUCCCAGGCGUUAAUAAAAUGGAGGCAGAAGUUGUACGAAUGACUGCUCAAUUAUUUAAUGGAAAUAAAAAUAGUUGUGGCUCGAUGACAACUGGUGGAACCGAAUCAAUUCUAUUGGCAGUUAAAGCAUUCCGUGAUUAUGCGAGAGAAGAAAAAGGUAUUACAAAACCAGAACUUGUAGUUCCAAUAACAGUACAUUCAGCAUUCGAUAAAGCAGCACAGUACUUAAAGAUUCGUAUUCGUUAUAUACCUGUCGAUGAAGAUACAACUGUAAAUAUAAGUGAAAUGCGUCGAGCGAUUAAUUCCAAUACCAUCCUUUUGGUAGGCUCAGCCCCAAAUUUUCCAUAUGGAACGAUGGAUAAUAUCGAAGAAAUUUCAAAAUUAGGAGUAAAAUAUAACAUUCCAGUUCAUGUAGAUUGUUGUUUGGGUGGUUUUGUUAUCGCUUUAGCUGGUAAACUUGGCUUUGAUGUUCCACAAUUUGAUUUUCGUUUACCCGGUGUUACUAGUAUUUCUGCUGAUCCACAUAAGUAUGGAUUUGCACCAAAAGGAUCAUCGGUGAUUUUAUAUUCAGAUCGUAAAUAUCGUCAUCAUCAAUAUACAGUGACAACUGAUUGGCCUGGAGGUGUUUAUGGUUCACCAACUGUGUCUGGAUCUCGAGCUGGUGGUAUUAUUGCCGCUUGUUGGGCGACAAUGUUAUAUUUUGGUGCUAACGGAUAUUUAAAUUCAACCACAGCGAUUAUGACUACCUCAAAAUAUAUUGAAAAUGAAUUACGUUCCAUGGAUGGUAUAUUCAUUUUUGGAACACCUGUUACGUCAGUCAUUGCAUUUGGUUCAAAAGUAUUUAAUAUUUAUUUAUUAUCAGAUGCGUUGAGUAAAAGAGGAUGGAAUUUAAAUUCACUGCAAUUUCCAUCUGGAAUUCACAUUUGUGUGACAUAUUUACACACAAAACCAGGAGUUGCUGAUCAAUUAUUAAAUGAUAUUCGUACAGAAUUAGCUAUUAUUAUGAAAGAUCCGCAACAACCUAUCGAAGGCAUGUAUGCAGUAUACGGAGCUGCACAAGGUAUUCCAGAUCGAUCAAUUGUUGGUAAUUUUAUUCGAUACUUUAUUGAUGCAUCAUAUCACAUUCCAGAAUCUGAGGCCAUAUUAGAAAAUGAAAAGUAAACAAUUAUUAUUUAAAAAAAAAAGUUUUUGUACAAUUAUUUUUUAUAGUUAUUUACAAUCAUAUCGAAAUAUAGUUUUUUAAAUGUCUAUUUUAAAUAAAUAGUGAGUUAUCUCUGGUUAGAAAAAAUUUAAUAACAAUUUAGGCGGACACAAGCACUAAGGAUGCCCGAAUCUUGAGUCUCCGUUGACGUAGAUAGUUAAUAAAAAAUUUUCUAAGUAAAUAUUUGUCGUGAUUAAUAGUAAAUUGUUCAAACUAAGUCAGUUUCGAAAAAAUCUCAAGCUAACUGCAUAAUACUGUGUGGCUCAAAAAAAUGUAUACACUGUUUUUGUACCUAUAACAUCUAUAUUAUGAUACAUACAAAUUUCAAAGUUCAAAAUAUUAUGAAGAAAUGUAGAAUCGGUCUCAUCAAUUGGAAACUAAAUGCAAAACUUUCCAAAUUAUUACCCCCAAUCCACACUCUUGCUGAGCAUACAUAAAAUCUCGAGUAAAUUUAACAAGUGGAUACAUUUUUUGGACCCUAAGUAGACAGACUGGAUGCUAGUUGUAUCUAUACGAUAAUCAAUUCUCUAACUCGACGAUUUUUGUAAUGUAAUAUUGUUCGUAUUAAACAAUUAAAGGCUCUGCAUUUUCCUUUUGGAAAAAGAUUUUCAGCUAAAUUAUCUGAAACUAUUAAUUUUGGCCGUUCUUGACGAGUAGAAUUCUUUUUGAGCACAAAGUACUAAAAUCUUAGAAAAGGGCCUUCAAAUUUCAUGAAUAUCAACUGAGAACAAUUUGAUUUAAGUAAGAUUAAACGAUAUUUAGUUUAUGCCUUCAUGGCCUAUCUGUCUAAGUACUUAAUCGUAUUCUAAUUAGGUUUAAAAUGACAGUUUAUAGCAAAUUUAGAGCAUGAUUUCCAAUAAUUUAUAAAUUUUGUUAGUUUGAUUCUUUUAGCCAUGCUGUUCUACGUGCCAUUCGGUUUUUAGAAAAUUUAUUUUUAGUUAACAUCACACAUUUUAGUCUUUUAAACUUGUCUUCGGUGAUAAAAAUUGUUAUUAAUUUAAUAUUAUUCUAUAUAAAUGUCUAGCCAAGCUAAUUGUUGUAUUUAUGUGAAUUACCGUUUCAACUUUACAAAAUAGU